AAUCGACGUGGAUGGAUAUAUAUGGAAGCGCCUUACAAUGAAGUUGUAAAAAAAUUCCUUCUCAUGACACCCGGAGUACGGAAGAUGGGUUACGCUCCGCCAUGGUAUAUCAGAGUCGAGUCGAUAGAUAUUGCGGAAUGGGGAACUAUCCUCCGCGAAGACGACGAGCAGCAUCUUCAAGCUGGCUCAUGGGUCCGCAUUAAACGUGGACUGUAUCGAGACGACAUUGGUGUUAUAUACGAGACUACACCGGGAAACGUUAUAGUAUUGCUCAUUCCUCGGUUG